AUGGCCUUUAACGCAUUUGUGCUGUCGAAACACUCGGUCGCUGGCCACGCUGGCACUCUUGUGGCUACGGGGAUCUUCUCCAAGAAGACCACACUGCAAGAGUUUGAGUUCUACCAGAAUUUGCAACUUGAAGACCAUGCUCGCGCAGAUCCCGACCACUAUGUAGGUGACUUGUUAUCGGAUUGGGUACCCAAAUUUUACGGGUCCUUGACUGAAAAUAGCUUGGAACUGUCGUUGGAUGCUGUUUCUAGCCAAUUGUACAAAAUGCAGCUUUCAGAUCACACUUUACCGGAAUCUGUGAAACUUACUGACAAGAAAUACAUUGUGCUUUCUAACUUGUAUGACAAGUUUGUGAAUCCGAGUAUUCUUGAUAUAAAGCUUGGAUCCGUGCUUACAGACGAACUGGCUUCCCCCGAGAAAGUCGAGCGGUUGAAGAAGGUGAGCGAAAGUACUACGAGUUCUUCAUUACAUUUUCGGUUUUGCGGCAUGAAAGUGUUGCACCCAUCUUCAGAAAUGCCCGACUUAUCGGUUUUCGGUGAUAUCAGUGAUACAGUUACGGUUGAACGGGAUGAAGAUGUUGAGUACUUGAGGUUCGACAAGUACUUUGGCCGAAAUUUGGAUGGUUCUACUGUCAAAAAUGCUCUUAAAAUAUUCAUUUUCCAUGGUGUAAAGGAUAAAGCAGUUGGGUUGCACUACCUCCAGCAAUUUUGGAAACGGCUCCAAUUAUUAUAUAACUGUCUUUUGAAUUACGAAGUCCGAAUUGUUUCUGGGUCCUUACUCUUUAUUCUUGAAAAUAGCGAUAAAAUUUUGGAUGGACUAGACUUGGAAGAGCACGAUCCGUUGAUACUAGAAGACGAAGAUGACAGUGACAGUGACGAUGAAGAAGAAGAGAACAUUGCACCGCCGAAACAAAUUUCAUCGCUUCAUCUCAUCGAUUUUGCUCAUUCUAAGUUCGUCAAAGGACAAGGCAUAGAUGACAAUAUCAUGGAAGGUAUAGAGAACUUGAUAACCAUAUUCGAACAACUUAUAGAAGAAGCUUCUACGUAA